AUGAGCGCCUCGCAGGACCUGGGCAAGAGCCGUCACGGCAUUCCCGACGUCGUCAUGGCUCAGAUCGACCGCUAUGUCGACUCUCUGCGGCCGCAGAUCGAGCCGCUCAUCGCCCGCGAGAUCGACACUUUCCAGCGCGCCACAGUCGACGGACUCGACGAGCAGGUCAUCGCCGCCUUCCGUGGGCUAUUCAACAAGCCUCCCUCGGGAUCCAGCCGGGAUGGCCCGGGUGUUCCGUCGGGGAUGCCGACGGCGGGUGCGAGGUCGAUCGACGAUCGCCCGCCAGACUUCUACGGCGGGCGGGCGCUGCCGUUUGCCAACGAGCUGGCCACGUUUGCCAAGUCGAUCCAGGACGCGAUGGACGAUGCCGACGACGACCUCGGUCAGAUCUUCAGCCUGACCGGCUCGGGGUCGCAGAUCCAGCAAGGCGGCCAGCAAGGGCAGAGCAGGGCGGCUGUCGACGGCGCGGGCAAUGGUUCCGCCUUCGGCAAGGGCGCGCGCGGCUUCUUGUCUGCGGCGCUCGAGGCCGUAUCGGAUGUGGCCGGCGCCGCUGGCUCGGGCCAGCCCGCUCGCUUCGGGGGCAUCCUCGACGUCCUUAGCGACGCGGUCAAGGACGCUUCGUGCGACCCCGAGCAAAAGGCUCGCAUCCUCAUCCCCGACGUCCGCGAAAAGGUCGGCGCGAUGCUCCGCCAGCAACAUGCUCCCAUCCCCGGGCGCUUCACCGACAUCGCGCUCGAGCACCUCAAGCGCUGGCUGCGUGGCAAUACGUCGACGCGCGACCUCGGUGACGGCCUCAAGGGUGAGAUCUCGUCUCUCGUCUCCGGCCUCUCGGGCAUGUUCAGCAAAAGCAGUGGCGGAGGAGGUAGCAAGGAUCGGUCCGCGAGCCAUGCGACUGACGGCGAUCCGGCAGAGGGCGGGCAAGGAGACAGCGGCGGCGGCAAAGGCGGCUUUUCGGGUGUCAUCAGCGACAAGCUCAGCACCGGACUGGCCCGCGUGCAUCGGGAUGUCCGCGUCGACUUUAGAAAGGCGCUCGGCCAGAUCGAGAAGCAGCUCUUCGAAGCGCUGCCCGACGAGAUCCAGGGCCCGCUCGAAAAGGUCCUCGGCGGCAAUCCUUUCGACCCGAGCCUUGGCCCGGGGGGUCCAGGAUCGGGCAACAACAGCGCAGGCUCUCGCGGCCUCGGCGACGACAUCAAGGCCAAGUUGAUCGACUCGCUUCGCCGCCUCAUCCGCCGGCUCCAGCAGGCGUUGCAGGCGGCCAUCACGUCGAUCGUCGCGGGAGGUCACCGCAAGCUCGAAGGGGCGACGUGGCGCUACGUCCAGCAGGAGGUCGAGUCAAAAGUGCGCAAGUUCCUGCCCAAGGUCCGCAUCACGGUGCCCGACGACAUCGGCAACGAGGGCGUCAGCGUCGGAGAGCUCCAGGGCCAGCCAGACCUGCCACCCGCAAGCGCGCACGCCCCGUCGAGCGGCGCUGGUAAGCCGCAGCAGACUCAGACCGCUGGGGUCCCGGACCAGCAACACCAGCCCUUUCCGCACCCUGGACCGCAGCACGACGCCUUUUCGCAACCAGGCGGCGCUGCAACGCCCGGUCAGCAACCUGGCUAUCCCUCUCAGCACGUCCCGUACCAGCCGACGCCACCUCAGUAUGGCUACCCCGCGGGCGGUCCGCCGCCGAAUGCUGCCGGAUUUCCGACGCCGCAAGUGCAACAGCAAUACCCACAGAAUCAAUAUCAGCAGCAUCCGCCGCCGCCGCCGCCGCCGCUGCCCGGGCAGCAGCAGCAGGAGCAGCAGCAUCAACAGCCGCAAUCCUACCAUGACGGUAUCGUCGCCACGCAAAAGUUCCGCUCGAGCAGAACGGGGCCCGGACGCCGGCAGGACCAGCAGGGUGCUGUUGUCGACGACUGGGAAGCCGACAGCGACGACGGGCUCUCGGGCUCGCAGGCUCACGAUCCCUUCCGUGCGAGCAAGGACGAAUGGAACCAGGCCAACAACCAGGCCCCGAUGCCCAUGCCGGUGAUCAACGACCAUGGCCGGACCUUGCCUCCCACGGCGUACGGCUCUGGCCUCGCUUCAAACCCGGGCGGGGGCAGUGGGGGCGGGGCCUCGACAGGCUUUCCGCAGCCGCAGCUCGGCACCUACGGCGGUGGACCCGGUCCAGCUCCUCCUCGGAUCCUGCAGCGGCCUCGAGACGUGCCUGCGGGCGUCGGCAUGGGAGGUUCGUCUUCGGGCUCGAGUACGCCUCCGGAGCGCAAGACGGUCGAGCAGCGGCAAGAGGAGUACCGCCUCGCACGCGCGCGCAUCUUUGGCGACGAGUCGAGAUGA